AUGGCCCCGGGUCGAGCGGUGGCUGGGCUCCUGCUGUUGGCGGCCGCUGGCCUCGGAGGGGAGGCGGAGGUGCCCGGGCUCGCCUUCAGCGAGGAUGUGCUGAGCGUGUUCGGCGCCAACAGGAGCCUGUCGGCGGCGCAGCUCGGGCGCCUGUUGGAGCGGCUGGGAACCGCCCCCGUGGAGGGCGCCCCCGAGCCGGGACAGCUGCACUUCAACCAGUGUUUAUCAGCUGAAGAGAUCUUUUCCCUUCAUGGGUUUUCAAAUGCUACACAGAUCACCAGCUCAAACUUCUCUGUCAUCUGUCCAGCAGUCUUACAGCAACUGAACUUUCACCCUUGCAAGGAAAGGCUCAAACACAAAACCAAACCAAGUCUUUCAGAGGUUUGGGGAUACGGAUUCCUGUCAGUGACAAUUAUUAAUCUGGCUUCUCUCCUCGGAUUGGUUUUGACUCCAUUGAUAAAGAAAUCUUAUUUCCCUAAGAUUCUGACCUAUUUUGUGGGGCUGGCCAUCGGGACUCUAUUUUCAAAUGCAAUUUUCCAACUUAUACCAGAGGCAUUUGGAUUCAAUCCUAAAGUUAACAACUAUGUUGAGAAGGCAGUUGCUGUGUUUGGCGGAUUUUACAUACUUUUCUUUUUUGAAAGAACACUAAAGAUGUUAUUGAAGACGUAUGGUCAGAAUGAUCACACCCACUUUGGAAAUAAUGACUUUGGCCCUCCUCAAGAAAAAACUCAUCAACCUAAAACAUUACCUGCCAUCAAUGGUGUGACAUGUUAUGCAAAUCCAGCUGUCACAGAGCCCAAUGGACACAUCCAUUUUGAUAAUGUCAGUGUGGUAUCUCUGCAGGAUGGAAAAAAAGAGUCAAGCUCGUGUACUUGUUUGAAGGGGCCGAAGCUCUCAGAAAUAGGGACGAUCGCCUGGAUGAUAACGCUCAGUGAUGCCCUCCACAAUUUCAUCGAUGGCCUGGCCAUCGGGGCCUCCUGCACCUUGUCUCUUCUGCAGGGACUCAGCACCUCCAUAGCCAUCCUGUGCGAGGAGUUCCCUCAUGAGUUAGGGGACUUUGUGAUCCUUCUCAAUGCAGGAAUGAGCACUCGACAAGCCUUGUUAUUCAAUUUCCUUUCUGCGUGUUCCUGCUAUGUUGGGCUAGCUUUUGGCAUCUUGGUGGGCAAUAAUUUUGCUCCAAAUAUUAUCUUUGCCCUUGCUGGAGGCAUGUUCCUCUAUAUUUCUCUGGCAGACAUGUUUCCAGAGAUGAACGAUAUGCUGAGAGAAAAGGUAACUGGAAGAAAAACCGAUUUCACCUUCUUCAUGAUUCAGAAUGCUGGGAUGUUAACUGGAUUCACAGCCAUCCUGCUCAUUACUUUGUAUGCAGGAGAAAUCGAAUUGGAGUAA